ACCAAGGACAAUGUGUUGUUGGUCGACGGGCAACAGUUUGUGAUUCGCAACAAAUCUGUCAGCGCUAUUGCCACUCCGGGUCACACAUCGGGUUACUAUUCUUUCAUCUUUCCCAUGUGUGAAGCAGGCAAGCGCCACAACGCCGGCUUCUACUUCGGGAGUGACAUUCCGUCGUCGGCUGACGACAAGAUCAGUCAGGCGUUGUCAUUCCAGAAGUUUGCGAAUGCCUCGCAACAUGUAGGUGUCGAUCUCUUGUUAAUCAAUCGCUAG